AUGGCAGAUUCAGGAGACGAACAGGUGAAUUCGACUAGGGGCAGUCCAUUUCCAAUUACCUUACCUACAGUUCUUUGUACUCCAGAGCCGCCGGACGAAGACAAUUUACUUCUGAAAACGAAUUCGUUCAUAUCAUCAGAGUCCAAAUUGUCAUUGCCUUCAAAUCUUGGCACUCCUACAUCGCCCCUCAAACUGUCAUCACCUUUAUCACUUCCAACCUCCCCAUCACCGUUUAUGAAAACUUCCCCCCAAACAGAAGUCAGAAGAAGUUCAGAAAGUCCCCAAUUACCCACCUCAAAUCAACAAUUUGCUGGUAAACUCAUUAACAAUGGAUCUGCGACAGGCAAUCCCCGCAAUAAAUGUGCACUCCAGCCCGGUCACAGUCUUAUGGAUUGGAUUCGGUUCGGCAACUCUGGCAAGGAUUUGACCGGUGUAGGCGGACGUUUGCGACCCGUUUCUCCACAGGAACUAGCUAAUCACAAUACACAGAAUGACGCAUGGUUAGCAAUUCGAGGAAGGGUAUACAACAUCACACAUUAUUUACCUUAUCACCCUGGAGGUCCCGAAGAACUAAUGAAAGGAGCGGGUAUAGAUGCGACACAAUUAUUUGAUAAAGUACAUCCGUGGGUGAAUUAUGAUUCACUUUUAGCAAAAUGUCUUGUUGGACCUCUACGGUUCGACCUGCCUGAUCCGGAAGAACUGUUCGACACCUCAUCCCAUUCCCUGAAAUCUGACCGACUAAAAGAGCCAUCAAAAGCCCAAGAGCUAGUUAGGAAGUCCAUGGAAAAUUUAGCAAAUUGCAUAACUCCAGUGAGAAAAAAGAUUACCUCAAAAAGUGAGGAGAACGUUAAAUGUAGCCCUCCGAGUAAAAUUAUGCAAAGUUUGAUACAGUCCAGCGACUUGCCUGUAUCAAUAAGCCGGAGAGCGGCUGCUAGUCCGACAAAAAAUGCUGAAAAAGCUGAUAUACCACCUCUGCGAUACGACUGGAUACAAACCACUACAAAACUCACUAUAUCGGUGUAUACGGGAGCCCUCGCGAACCCAGGAGGGUGUGCACGGAUUACUGAAGGCGUUCUACUAAUUGAAGUGGCGACAAACGGCUGGCUCAGAACACUCAAGUUGGUGCCCGAAGCGAAAUUACAAGACCCUUUACAAUUACGUGUGUAUGCCGAAAGUGGAAAAAUUGACAUAAUAGCACAGAAAGUCGAUUCAGCAGUAUGGAAACAUUGUGGUGAGGUCACACUUGGUACGGCGUCGCGAGUCUCUUCACCGAGGACAGUAGAAUGUCGCGUAGUCUCCAGUAAUGUAGUCACACAUGACACAGUCAUGCUCGCGGUCACGCCCCGCUCCGGACCUGUGGUCGUACCCUUAGGCCAUCAUAUUCGCGUGCAUAUGAAAAUUGCAGGUUCCGAAUGUAUCCGAUCAUAUACCCCAGUCGGUGAAGGAUGGGGUCCAUCAGAGGAUUCAUCGACUCUCAGUCUAGCAGUUAAAAAGUAUGUGACGGGCUCUCUCAGUCCGCAGCUCACUACACUGAAAGUUGGAAACAGACUUACUCUAUCAGGUCCAUAUGGGAGUUUCCAAUUACAGAAGUUGAAAGCAGUAAAAAGAAUUUUCUUCAUAGCAGCGGGUACCGGCAUUACUCCGAUGUUAGGAUUAUUGAAAUUUAUGCUUUCAAGGUCUAUCCUUCGAUGUGAGAAAGCGCACCUAAUUUUCUUCAAUAAAACUGAAGAUGACAUCUUAUUUAAAGACAAAUUCGAUGAAAUAUCCAAAGAAGAUAGCAGGUUUGUAGUGACACACGUUUUAUCGGACGCGAAAACGAAUUGGACUGGCUACAAAGGUCGUAUACGCAUUGACCUCCUCAACAAAAUUAUAGGCAAAGAUGUUCAAAAAUGUGGUGAACAGUGUACGCAUUUUGUUUGCAUCUGUGGUCCGGCUGAGUUCACGCAAACCGGCCUACAGUUAUUGAGAAAGUGUACAAUAAAAGACGAUUGUUUACACGCUUUUAUUGGUUAG